ACAAUUCACAAUCAGAGACAUUGUACUCGUAAUGUGAUUUUACAAUACUAGUAGCAGUGCUAGUGAUGUUGUGAGCUCUCCGUGUGCCAAGCUUGUUUGCCCUUCCAAUUUGUCUCGCAGUCGUAGCAGGACAUGCACUGCAGUUACUGUGCACUGUUUUUGUAGCACCCUCAAUAUUCUAGUAGUACAUUUCUUCUGUUCUGUCUAUCUCUGUAUUCAUUCUGUAUUCAAGGCCUCGCCCUGGUCGGGAAGUUAUGUGGUAUUCCAACCAGCAGCAGCAGGCAACUGCCACUACCCCUACCACGGCAUCGAGCACAGCGGCAUCGGCAACUGCCUCCACAACAACAACGCUAGCCGCAACAGUUACCAUAACGCCAUAUCCAUAUUCCUACGCACAAGCUGCUACAGGAUAUGUUGCUCCUGCUCCGUAUGGUCAGUAUGCUGCCACCAUGGGAUAUGGUACACACCAGCAAGCGCAGGCACAACAGAGUACGUAUGGCGUUCCUCCCCCUCCCGGCACAGAGACUGCUGCCGCUUCCAUGCCCGCCUCUAACUAUGCUAUGAUGUACGGCAGUCAAGUUCAGCCAGUGCCACAGCAGCAGCAGUCGCAGUUGCACCAGACUGGUAUUGCUGCUUGGGGAGGACAGCAGCAACAGCCAUGGGGUGGCUGGACCAGCGCCAGCUACUAUGGGGCAGCUCAGCCGCAACAGCAACAACAACUACUACAACAACAGCAGCAGCAACAACAACAACACUCGCAAGCUCAGAUGACCUCACAAGGUCAGCCGCAAGCCACCCAGCAAGCUAGGCCCCAGAAACAAUCGCGCACUCAGCACUCGCUAUUAAAACCCAGGGGGCCACACACCAUAGGCCAGCAAGGAUCAGCACUCCCAAGCCAGACUCAACUGUCACCGCCUCCACCGCCACCUAAGCCUGCAGUGCUACCGACUCCUGUGACGUCAAGUUCAGUAGCUAGUCAGAGUGGUGUGACUGGCGCUGAAUGUACUCAGGAGACACGGACCGUGAAUGCUCCGGCAGCAGGCAGCAAUCCUGCUGCAAUAUCUUAUGCAGCUGCUCUUGGACAAAGUAAUCAGUCUGGAUUGGCAAGUAACCGACAGCAGAAGAAGCGCAAGGGCGGCUUUGCUCCUCUCAAAGCUCGCAAUCGCUGGGACACACCAUCGAACAGAGUAGAGAAUCGGCCAGGUGGUGGGCAGCUUGAUGGCGUCGAGAAUCCCGCUGCACUCUCUUCAACAGCAACCCAGUCAAGUACAGGCCAAAGUAGCAGUGCAAGCUCAGGGCCACCAGCGACUGCACUUGGUGCUGCUGGUUCUUCUCAGACUGCUGGCAGCUAUGCUCAUGCAUCGUCUAAUGGUGCACGGCCUGGUGCACAGCCUAAUGCACAGCCUAGUGCACAGCCUAGUGCACAGCCUAAUGCACAGCCUAGUGCACAGCCCGGUGGGCAGCCCGCGCAUAUCCCCAGUGCUGAUGACGCCAACGACACCACAAAGUGGCCACCAGCCAUGAAGGAAUACGUUCAGGAUAUCUUUCAAAGUUGCAAGACAGACGAAGAGAAGGAUAAAUGUGAGUCAUACCUGCGGGAUAUGUUGCAGAAGUCAUUCAGAGAUGGCUGGGCGUGGACCACAGACUGGAAGGCGAAGCCUCGCUUUAGUUCCGAGGAUGUGCCCAGUCGCACACAACCUACCACUGGCAGUACACAUGUGUCACGCUGGCAAACUGCUUCUGGUACAGGAGGGGUGACUGGGGCGACAAGCACCGGAAAGCGGGGUCGAGGACGGGGCCGAGGCCGUAAUGUCUUCAGAGGCCAGUCCGACUCCUACCGCCGCCGCAGAAGUCGCAGCAGCAGCAGUAGCCGUAGCAGUCGUAGCUCAUCCUAUUCUGAUUCGGAUGAUUCAGAGAGCAGUGGCGCAGGUCGGUCCACCACCUUUGCUCGCGGUCGGGGUAAAGACAUCAAAAGCCGGCUUACUCAAGUAGCGGCUGGCAAGAAGAAGAAAAAGAAGCAAAAGAAUUUGACUUUCAGCCAUGAGAUGGAUGCUGGGAAGUUGAAAGUCAGGCAGAAUCGAUUUGUGCAGCAGCGCUCUAUGCCGCAGUUUGAGCGCACGUCAAUCAUGGAUCACAUAUUUAGAAUGAACAACGACACAGGUGAGGACCGUGAAUCAGCAUCAGCCAAAUUCACCGGCACUUGCAAAGAUUUGGAGAAACCCUAUCUUCGACUGACUUCUGCACCAUUGCCGAACCAGGUGCGUCCUGAGUCAGUACUUCAUAAGUCCUUGGAGCUGGUUAAGCAGCGCUGGAAAGCACAAGCGUGCAAGUACCUGACCGUCUGUGAACAGCUCAAGUCAAUCCGACAGGAUCUAACGAUCCAGUGUAUUCGAAAUCCAUUCGCCAUCGAGGUGUACGAGACACAUGCAAGGAUUGCUUUGGAGAACAGAGACCCUGAAGAAUUCAACCAGUGCCAGACGCAGCUCAAGGAGCUCUAUUUUGAAACAAAUGAAGGCCAUCAGGCAGAGUUUGCUGCUUACCGUAUCUACUACAACAUGUUUACCAAAAGCUAUCAAGGACUUGCACAUGAGCUUCAGGGCCUAUCAGAUAGUUUGCUUUGUGAGCCAUGUGUUAUGCACGCACUGGCUGUAAGAGCAGCCUGGUCGGAAGCCAAUUAUGCCAGAUUUUUCCACUUGUAUGGCACUACUUUCCACAUGGGAAGCUAUCUGCUAGAUUUGUUGUUGCCGCGUGAACGCUUAGCUGCAGUUAGGGCCAUGGCAAAAACGUAUCGGCCGUCGCUGCCAGUUGAGUUUGUUCAAUCUCAGCUUGGUUUCACCACCGUAGAACAGUGUGUAGCGUUUUUAUCUCUUCAUCAGGCCAGCUUUGCCGAUGCAGCAUGCACUGUGCUGGACGGCAAGCUCACUGCAGGCUCUUUGUCCGCCUCUGUAGUGGCGCCUCCUGCUGAGAAGGAAUCUUAGCUUGGCCAACCCACGCUGGUCUAGUGGGUAUUUCAUUUCCUCCUCCUUCUUUGUCUCUCUCUCUCUCUCUCUCUCUCUCUCUCUCUCUCUUGUUCCACUUGGUUGAAGGAUUUUUAAUGAUAUCCUCUCCUAGAUCCUGGUCCCGCUUGAUGGUUGUGUCCUCUCUUCUCUUCUGUUUAGUACAGGGUAUUUUCUUUGUGCUGCGGCUGCUGCUGAUAGUGCUGAUAGUGAUCAUCAUGAUCAUAAACAUAUGAACGUACGUCGAAGUAAUGUUGCUUUACAUGUUGAGUAUGCCCUUAUUGGUUUGCACUGCAGCACUGCCCAAAGCCAUGUCACUCUGUUCUGGCUGCUAGUAGCAAAUUGGCACUACUCUUCCAGUCUCCGCAGCUGCAAAGGGGUAUUCAUUCAGCUUUCCUUGUUAUAUUUUCUUCAUCUUUCUCUGUACUUAAUCUGCAUACGUGAGUAAUGUUUUGAUAUAAUGUGAAUGUUGAAUAUUGAUGUAUCACAGUACCUCCUAUUGUAAAUGUUUACAUUCUAGACAUGUUCAUGCCUUGUUUGUGUAUUAUUCUAUUGGGACUUUGUACAUAGCUAUGGUCUCACUGGGAUUAGUCUAAGUUAAUCAGUCUGUUGUACUGCCCAUUGAGAUCUUGUAUCUUGUUUGUGCCUAUUCAAGUUUGGAAUUCACAGAGAUGUUCAAAGUGAA